GUUGGAGAAAUAUGAAUCUCUCUACCUCAUUUUAGAAUAAACCAAAUCCUCGAAAAUAAAAAAAUGGAUGAUUGGAACUCUGUCACCGUUAUCGGAAGCAGAAGGAAUGCCGCUGCUGGAGGAGGAAAUAAGGAAAGAAGUUUGAAUAUUGCGCGAAGGCAGGGAGCCCAUAUUAUUACUGAAUCUAAGUAUGGAGCGGCCGGAAAUACCCAGAAGGGCACCACUCUGAAUACUGCCAAGUUGGAUGCUGAAACUGAAGAGUUGAAGCACAAGACUGUGGAUCUCAACGUUGGAAAGUUGAUCCAAAAGGGUCGGCAGGCCAAGGAGAUGACCCAGAAGGAGCUGGCCACCAAGAUGAAUGAGAAACCACAGGUUGUGAUUGAAUACGAGCAGGGGAAGGCUAUUCCUAACAAUAUAAUCCUGGCCAAGAUGGAGAGGAUUCUAGGAAUAAAGCUUCGAGGAAAGGAUAAGGGUCAACCUCUAGAGCCAAAGGAGCCCAAGAAGGAAGAAGCGAAGAAGACGAAUAGAAAGUAAAGCCUCGGAGGGGACAACAGUUUUAAAGUAGAUUAGGUAGUCUGUCAGCUGGUGAUCUUGAAACUUUGUACUAAUAAAACGAAGAAUUGUUGUACUGUAGAACAUCAGCCCUGAUAGUGCAAGAAUUGUGUACACUGCUGUGUACUGCUGUGCAGUUUAUUACGUCGUACUACACAACAACAAAAAAUAUGCAAUUAAUACAAAGCAUAUACAUCACUAGGCUUUUCUACCAAGAUUUAACUGAAAAUUAUCAAAAACAGGAAUUUUAUAAACUUGCCUGAAUUUGCUCCUGAACAAAGAUAAUUGUCCAAUUAAUUCUUAAAAUCUGCUUUUUAACUGUUGUUCGUUUCGGCUUGGCGCUUCCUUUGAUCUGCCGGGCGUAUUUUUUUCCUUUUUCAAAAUUUUUUAUGUUUUAAACUUUUUUGUUAUGAAAAUCGUUUUUAUGUUUGGCACUGAAGUUAAGUUCUGCCUGGCAAAUAUAAAUUGUAUUGCA